AUGAUGUAUGGGCAAAAUGCAAUAGCUGUGAACGAGUUCCUUGGGAAAAGCUGGAGACAUGUUCUUCCUAAUUCCACUGAACCAUUAGGAGUAACAGUCCUGAAGUCUCGUGGCAUUUUUCCUGAAGCACGGUGGUACUGGAUUGGAAUAGGAGCUCUGAUUGGAUAUGUUUUUGUAUUCAAUUUCCUCUUCACUUUGGCUCUAAUCUAUCUCAACCCAUUCGGAAAGCCACAGGCAAUUCUAUCAGAAGAAACCUUGGCUGAGAGAAAUGCUAGCACAACAGGAGAGCUUAUUGAAAUAUCGUCGAGAAGGAAGAGCUCUUCAGGUAGGUAA